AUGGCCGGUGAAGCGACAUGCUCGCUUUCCUGCAUCCAAAUCACCAUUGUCCUCUUCAUCGGCUCACUUAUAUUCAGACUUUGGCAUGGUGGCUGGUGGGUCGACGACGCGACAUCACUCAUCCUUGGUAUACUAUUUGCUCGCGAGGCAUGGAAGAUGCUCUCAUGGGUGAGCAACCCGGAGUUCAACGGCGGGUGCUGUGGCGGAUGCGCUCACAACGGGCCGAAAAUCGAGAAAGACGCGGAGCUAGCGGAGCAGUACCGCGACCUAUGCGAAUGCUGCUACGAAAAGGAAGAAUGCCGGGACGCAGACACGUGCAAAUGCUCAACGAGCUCGGAAGACUCGACGCCGUGCUGUGUGCCGAUAAAUCCGAACGGAGGCGCGUGUUGCACUCGCGAGCUUGUGCAGGGUCCGCGGCCUCAAACGAAACAGGUAUGUCGAUGUCCUCCAUUCUGUCUUGUCGUCUCCGAAUCCGACUUCUUCCAAUAUCGCCCCUGA